AUGCCCGAUCUGUGUACUAUGCUUCUCGGGUCACAACGCUGCGUUCUGAUCGUCACAUGAGCGUUAUAUCUAUGUAAAGAUGGCGGAAAGGAUUCCCCACGGGUUGUGUUAGAACAACAUCAUAAAAGCACUAGGAAGGGUUUAGGGAGCACCGAGUGUGUUGUGUUGUAGGCUAUCUAAUAUAUUAGACAGGGAGUCAGUGAGAGGAAUAAGACAGAGCCGGGUUAUUCUGGUCAUCAGCUCACUUCCGGCUUGUUGUGAGUGAGUUAUCAUGUCAGAUUUCUCGUUAGCUGAUGCGAUAGGGGAUGAUGCCAGUCAGGCAUCAAAAACAGCUCAUGGUAAGCCGUCAGCUCCUACAGCUCCUGCUGCCUCCUCAUGGCCCGGGGCACCCGCUGCUGGCCCAGCUGCCCCUGCAUGGCCCGGAGCAACCCCUGCUUGGCCUGGAGCGAACCCUGCUGCCCCGGCGUGGCCCGGUGCACCUGCUGCUGCCCCUGCUGGCCCCGCUGCCCCUGCGUGGCCCGGAGCAAACCCUGCUGCCCCUGCGUGGCCUGGUGCCCCCGCUGCUGUUCCUGGUGCCCCUGCUGCUCCUUCUUGGCCUGGGGCACCCUCUGCUGGCACAGCUGCUCCUGCGGCCCCUGCUUGGCCUGGUGCUGCCCCCGGAGGUCCAAACAUGCCCCCCUCUGGAGGAGGUCCAGCUGCUCCUCCUCCAGGAGCACCAGGUCAGUUUCCCAGCAUGCCAUCCGCCCCAGGAGGAUACCCCACUGGCCCUGGGAUGCCAGGACAGUUUCCGGCUGCACCUGGGCAGUUUCCUGGAAUGUACCCCUCUCCUCCUGGGGCUCCUCAGGCUCCCUACCCCAACAUGCCCUAUCCAGGAAACAUGUAUGGUCCUGGAGGCCCAGCCCAUUUUCCUCCCAACGCAGGGUUUUCUGGGGGCGUUCCACCUGUGCCCUCUGGUUCAUGGGGCCCACACACCGGCCCACCCACAGGACCAUAUGGAGGCCCCCCUGCUUCUGGAGGAAUGCUGCCAGUACCAUAUGAUCUGCAACUCCAUGCUGGAAUUAUGCCACGCCUUCUGAUCACAAUAGUGGGAGAACCUGUACCUGGAGGAGACAGGUUUCAAGUGGACUUCAUGAAGGGAACAGAUGUAGUUUUCCACUUUAACCCUCGGUUCUCUGAGCAGACAAUUGUCAGGAACUCCAACCUGUCAGGGUACUGGGGGCCUGAGGAAAGAGAUGGAGGCUUUCCUUUCAUUCAGGGACAACAGUUUGAGCUGAAGAUCCUGGUGGAGGAUGAUGUGUAUAAAGUGGCUCUAGAUGGAGUUCAUCUUUUGGAGUACGAGCAUCGAGCAGGAGGAAUGGAGCAGGUCACACUGCUGAGGGUUUAUGGAGAUGUGACCUUAUACAGCAUCGCCCCCUCCAUCAUCUAACACACACAACACACUCUUAUACACACACACACAUUCUGUCUCUCGGAAAGACACACACUUUGCUCCAUUAUUACAUGUAUGUAAAGAAGGAAAUAUACAGCUGAAGUAAAAAUCUAUAAAUCUG